GUUUGGAGUUGUUGCUGAGGAGGUUUCGUAGUCCGGCGGACAGACAAACGUGUUCGAUGGAAGACGGCUCUACUUUCAAAAUGUUCCUGCCUUGCCUAAGGAAUAACCCGCUUUACAAAGGACAGCGUGCUGUAUUUAUUGUUCUUCUGUACAUCUUGACAGGUGUGGGGUGCAGUCAGGUGUUGGUUCCCCGGAAGGUGAGUGCUGUAUUGGGGAAGAAUGUGACGUUGGGCUGUAGCGUGGAGGUGGGGGCCAACCUCAGUCUUACCCAGAGUUCCUGGGAGCGCCGGCUCCCCACAGGCUCGGUGACUGUGGCGGUGUACAAUCCCGUGUUCGGCAUCUCGAUCCCCCCAAACUAUGUGCGCCGCCUGUCCUUCCGCUCACCCUCCUCCCAUGACGCCACCAUCGUACUGGAGGAUGUGGGCUUUGAGGACAUUGGAGUGUACACCUGCAAGGUGGCCACCUUCCCCCUGGGCAACACACAGGCCUCCACCACUGUCAGCGUGCUCGUGGAGCCCAGGGUGUAUGUGUCGGCUGGCUCGGUAGCUCUGAUCGACGAGGGCAAUGAAACAGUGGUGGCCACCUGCAUCGCUGAGCGGGCCCGGCCUCCCGCCGAAGUCUCCUGGGAGACUGACCUGUUUGGCCAAUCAGAGGUGUCGCUGCAGGACGAGGCAAACGGCACGACCAGCACCCAGGUGCGCUACCUGUGGCAGCCCACCCGCCACAUCCAGGGUCACACCCUCACCUGUGUGGUGCGUCAUCCUGCCCUGCACACAGACUUCAGGAUCCCCUACCAGCUCAACGUGCAGUACGCCCCAGACAUUGUGGUCGUAGGUUAUGAUGGUGACUGGUAUGUGGGCCGUGAGAACAUCCAACUGACCUGCAAAGCCAACGCAAACCCACCAGCACACCACUUCACAUGGAUCAGACUGGACGGGAAAAUGCCAGAAGGGGUGGAGAUAGUGAACAACACAUUGCUGUUUCUGAGGCCCCUCCAAUGGAAUGACUCUGGAGUCUACAGGUGUGAGGUUGCCAAUGACAUCAACCUACGCAGCAGGGACCUGAGGAUACGCAUACAAGAUCCUCCCACCACCUCCAUGCCCUCCACCACCCCUGCGCCUGUCCUAACCGGCUCUGCCUCCUCAUCCACCUCUGUGGGAGACAAGCGACGGGUCUUCACCUCCCCCACCCUGGCAGCCCUGCCCCCCGACAACCACCUGGGCACCAUUGUGGGCGGGGCUGUGGGCGGAGCCUUGUUCCUCCUUCUGCUGCUGGUAGUGGGCGGGGUCUGUUACCUACGACAACGACAGACCUUCCGCGGGGACUACUACACUAAGCAGUACCUAGGGCCUUCAGACAUGCAGAAGGCUCCUCCACAGCACGAGCUCCACCCUACUAAGCCUGAAAAUAACGUCUACCUAGACAAGGACCGCGAAGAGUGGGGCGACCGCGAACGCAACCACGUGCGGGACCGUGAACGCCUCCACCUGCAUCCAACAUCAACAACCAUCAUAAACAACCAAAGAGAACCGGAGUACCAGCCCAACGGCCUCACGAGGGCGAUGAGGAACGGAGACCACCAUGACCACCUGCGUAGCUACCCCAGCCCACACCAGACCGGCCAUGCUAGAUACGCUGCCCCGUCACACCCACUGAGCACUGGCUCCCCCUACCUGUCGGAUGACUGCUAUGACAGCGGGGCUGAGGGGGACUAUGUCUCCCAUAUGGACGGCUCAGUGAUCUCACGCAGGGAGUGGUAUGUCUGAUCCCACCACCACCAGGCACGCUACUCUGCCAACAGACUCUGCCACCAGAGAGAAGAGAGACCACAGCGCAGAAAUCACAGGAGGAUUUCAUACAUUAUUUAAGAAAAGAGAAUACUCACAUGUUCUGCCUCUCUACAUCUCUCUCUCUCUCUCUCUCACAAGCUCAUGUUUGGACAUCAUCUUUAUACUGUAGUUUUCUCUUUCAACAUGCUUUUUCAUUUCUCAUACAGGAGCUAUAUUCCUCUGAUUCUAAUCCUCAUACAGGAGGUUUUUCCCUCUGAUUCUGAUCCUCAUACAGGAGGUGUUUCCCUCUGAUUCUGAUCCUCAUACAGGAGGUGUUUCCCUCUGAUUCUGAUCCUCAUACAGGAGGUGUUUCCCUCUGAUUCUGAUCCUCAUACAGGAGGUGUUUCCCUCUGAUUCUGAUCCUCAUCAUGGAAGGUGUGUGGACAAAUCUGUUAACUAGUUAAUGUGGCUCACAGUUCACUACACAUGCACUACUGGGUAGGCCUUGUGGUAUUGUUUUGAUUGCAAGCCUGCAGCAAUUUUCCUUUUUAUGUUAAUUACUUUGUAAACAAAGGCAGCACUCUUGCUCCUUUUCAGUUCAUGAUUCUUUAAAUGAAAUGAAGUCAUUUUUCGGGAAUCUGUAUUGGAGGAAGGAAAGAGGAAAAAGUGGACAGUAUUUACUUGUUAUUCCAGAUUUCAUUUCUUCUUGGUCUGUGGUUUGGUACCCACAGAAAGGGAAAAGAAUGUACAGCUUUCUGGCACAUACAUGUGUUGCAGUUGCUACAUGGAUAGCACGGAUACAAAUCACAAAACAUUAUUGCAUUAUGUGCUGUUACACACGUAUGUGUGAGUGUAUUAUUAGUACCAGUGCCAACCUGGUCAAUAUUGUCACAUAGCGUUAGAUGCUGUCAUUGCAGCAGGAUGUCGUAGGUUAGAACUACUUCCUGCAAUGUUCUGUAUCAGUGUGAUGGUCCGUCUCAGAUAGCAGGACAGUAAUGAUAACUAACGAGUUACAACUGAGUAUUAGUUGACUUGUUGAAUAUCACCUCUUCAUACAGAGAUGUUCAGCCCUUAAUAGAAUUAGAACAUAUUCAACUAGAGGUCCCUUUUCACAGAUAUGGGGGGGGGGUCUGUAUGUUCAGAAUCUACAUGCUUUCUGUCAGCACCCUCUAUGUGCUUUUCUAUAUAUAAUCUGAAAUGCUCAUAAAAAUAGAGUCCGAUGUAUAGACUGUCUAUGUUAAAGGCUGUUUAGAAAACAGUGAAUGGGCAUAAUACUUCGACUUCUGUUGUUAUUUCAGCUGUGCUACUGUGAAGUAAAUAGAGAAUCAUUGUUCUGUCUAGUGAGAUUUCCUCUGUUACUCGCUGCUCUGGGUUCAGUUGUGUGACCGGUGCCUUAUCCCAGAAGAGCAGUAAAGUAAUCAAGUAAAAUGUACAGACCGAAGUGCAAGGCCCGUUUCAUCCUCUGUUGAGUGAGAUGUUUGUUGCCUUUGUUUUUUUCCUCCCCCCCACUUUUUUAUGUGUUUUUUUUUUACAAUGUUUUGAUUGAGUCAUUCUGUUUUUGUGGCAUAUCCUCUUUUCUCUAUUCUCUGACGAUAGCAUUAUUUUUGCUCAUACAAUGAAUGACAUUUUGCAAAGUUUGAGUUGCAAAACACCUGAACAAAGCUGAACUAAGCUAAAACAAUGAUAAUUAUCUUAUUGUACAGUUCCUAUAUGGCAGUUUUCUGUCAGAGCAGCGGAGUUAAAGGGAUAGAUUGGGUUCCUUACCAUGUAAGCAGUCUAUGGACAAGGUAUGAUAGAAAUCCAUGCUUUGGUUUAUAUUCAGAUCAUCUAGAAGUGACUUUGUUGAGCUUCACAAUCAAUUUGAGAUACUUUUGGAUGAUUUGGACAUGAUGCGUGAAAAAUGCUAAUAUCGUUCCCAUGACUUGAAUGGGAGUUGUCCCACAAAAUUCUAAAACAUUAGCUUGUGGAAACAGUGCCUGGGAAAGCAUGUUUUUUUUUAUCAUACCUUGUCCAUAGACUGCUUACAGUGUAAGGAAACCAAUGUGUCAUUUGGGUGAACUAUCCCUUUAAGUGUGCAUGGUAUAUAAGAAAAUGAAGUGGGGAUUUUUGGACUUCCAGAUGGUUUUGUUUAGUUCUUGUACAAAGUCUGAGAGAAUGGAGAGUGGAGCACCCCACCACCUCACCACGGUCAACCUCCAACCGUAUUUCACAUUCUCCUUGCAAGCACCUUCCCAUUGUGUUCAUGCUUGUUUUGUAUAUAAGAGAAGAGCUACUGUAAGUUUAAAAAUAUAUAAUGCAAGAAAACAUUUAAAAUAAUCACGUGUUGUAUCAUCAAUGACAACAAGCAUUAUUUUGUACAUAUUUUUUUGGAAAUACGUUUGUUUUCAAUAAAGCACCUUUUUUUCUGUGA